CUAUAUUUCGACUGUAUUAUUCGUUCGACUAGGUAAAAUUUUCGAUUCUUUGCAAAAAAUUAUCCUAAUAAACGUUGUAAAACUGUUCAAAAUAGCUCAAAACCAUAACUAACAUUGUGCUCGGUAUCUGUUUGUAAAAGUGAUAGUAAAAUUGGCAGUUUUCGCGUGUGCUAAAUUAAGGAAAACGGUUGUUUUUCUAGGUAUCUCUGAUCGACAAGAAGACGAUUUUCUACACCAAGGACAGUGGUGUAGUGAGAGAAAAGUGGUCACGCUCGUCACACGAGCCACACAUCGUACGUGGGUGCGUAGAGUUCGCCAGAGCGGGAUAGCAAGCGGUAAUUGUUUUGAUUGAACUUCUUCGAUUGAACCAAAAACUGAAUCAACUUCUUGACUGGAGAGAGGAGAAUGUCACAACCUGUUUUGCUCGUCCAGAGCAUUGAGAAACGAAAACCCAAGCAGGCCAUUGCGUAAACAAUAUUUGACAGUGCAUAAUUGUAACAAAAACACAGCUGCUGCUGCGGAACAAAUAUGGAGGGUGACAUUUGUCGCGUCUGCCGCUGCGAAGCGCAGUCGGAUCGACCACUGUUCCAUCCCUGCAUAUGCACUGGAAGCAUCAAAUGGAUCCAUCAGGAUUGUUUAAUGCAGUGGAUGCGAUAUUCGCGCAAAGAAUACUGCGAACUGUGCGGUCAUCGAUUUUCAUUCACGCCAAUCUAUUCCCCGGAUAUGCCACGGGUGCUACCCCUGAAGUAUGUCGCCGGGGGACUGUUAAGUUCGGUCGGAACCGCAGUGAAGUAUUGGAUUCACUACAGUAUGGUGGCUGUCGCGUGGCUUGGAAUAGUUCCGCUCACAGCGUAUCGAACUUAUCGCUUCCUGUUUUCCGGUUCGAUCGAAAUGUUACUGACCUUGCCUGGCGAUAUAUUUUCGACCGAGAAUAUCGCAAUCGAUGUCUUUCGAGGAUGUUUUGUGGCAACCUGUACGCUGUUCACCUUCGUUGGCUUGGUGUGGCUGAGGGAACAGAUCAUACAUGGUGGAGGGCCAGAUUGGCUGGAGCGAGACGACCCACCCGCAGUUCAAGCGGAAGCAAACGCAAACGAAGAACAACCUAAUCCGGUCGAGAAUGGACAGGAGGAUAAUAAUAACAACAACAACAAUGAUGAUAAUAAUAACGAAGAGGAACACAACAACAACAAUAAUAACAAUUUUUUGGACAACAACUUGAUCGAGUUUCUGAAUCGGGGAUUACCACAGGAUGAGGCCGUAGCUGGUGAACCUGUUGAGCCCCUUCCUCCACCGCCACCUCCACCAGUAGCGAUUCCAGUUCAAGCUCCUAUUGCUCCUGCGCCAGCUGCACGACACCCGGAAAUUCCGGCAGAUAAUAUUCCCAUCGAUCCAGCAGAACCACCACCACCACAGGGCGAUGGUGAAGGUGAACCGGAAGCAGUAAACGAACCUGCCGAAGCAGCAGCCGAUGAAGCCAACUGGAAUCCGAUGGAAUGGGAACGAGCGGCAGAAGAGCUAACAUGGGAAAGAUUACUGGGUCUGGAUGGGUCAAUGGUUUUCUUGGAGCACGUAUUCUGGGUUGUUUCAUUGAACACAUUGUUCAUCUUUGUCUUCGCUUUCUGUCCGUACUCGAUUGGAAACUUUCUGAUUUCUUUCUUGGGAAUUAUAACCCCCGGCAAACCGCUUCUGCACUUUCACGGACUGCUAACCACUUUGUUAGGAUAUUGUGUCAUUGGAAUAACACUGGUUAAGCUGCACGCCAUCGCUAGGUUUUUGCAUUGGCGUCGUCAACGAAGAAUCCUAGGGUUAUGCUAUAUUGUGGUGAAAGUGUCGCUUUUGUCGGUUGUGGAAAUCGGAGUGCUUCCACUGGUGUGCGGAUGGUGGCUAGACAUUUGUUCGCUUCCCAUGUUCGACGCCACGCUCAAGGAUCGGAAGGCCAGCUUCAAAGCAGCCCCAGGAACAUCGCUUUUCAUUCACUGGAUGUUCGGAAUGGUGUACGUGUACUAUUUCGCAUCAUUUAUCGUGUUACUGCGAGAGGUACUGCGACCUGGAGUGCUGUGGUUUUUACGUAACCUGAAUGAUCCCGAUUUCAGUCCCAUACAGGAAAUGAUUCAUCUUUCAAUUCUUCGCCAUGCGAGGCGACUUAUUGCUUCGGCCAUCAUCUUCGGUUCGGCCGUUCUGUUGAUGCUGUGGGCACCAAUUCAGAUUCUCAAAUCGAUCUGGCCAAUGUUCCUACCGUAUACACUGUCGGGCGAUUCGGAGGUCAACGAGUUGAGCCUGCAACUGCUGUUGCUUCAGAUAAUCCUACCCGGCUUUUUCGAGCAGUCACACACUCGUAUUUGGCUCAAGGGAUUGGUACGGAUCUGGUGCAAUGUGGUAGCCCGCAUUUUAGGAAUAAAAAGUUACCUCCUCGGAACAGAACCUCGCCCUAAUGAGGAUGAAAUUCCGCCAAGACAGCCAGCCGAACUGGGAGUAGGUUUGGCUGCUGCUCAUCAGGCGAUUAUGCAGCGGGAUGUUCCCGUUGGCUUUCAACCGUACGAUCGGCCAGCGUUCUUUGUCAUUCGUUUAGUUGGAUUGCUGGUGUUGAUGUGUAUAAGUCUGGUAAUCGGAUCGUUGAUUACCCUCACCGUUCCAGUUUGGAUCGGACGUCAUGGAAUGGCCCUGUGGUCAAUGGGUUCACAAAUUACACCACCACCAAAUGCUAUUGCAACUGGGACGGAAACGCCCCCGAGACCUCACGAGUUAUACACGGCUGCGAUGGGAACGUACCUUUGUUGGAUCAUAUCACGUGGAAUUGCCGUUGCUGUGAACCUUUUCCCUCAAGGGCGAAAUGUCGUGAUGGAACGAGUGAAACACUGGAUUUCUGUUGCCACGUCUUACGCUUUGGCUGCAAUGAUUUUCGUACUUAUGCUGGGAGUUAUACCGCUGAUGUUUGGACUUCUGCUGGAACUAGUUGUGGUUGUGCCAUUGCGAGUUCCAUUGGAACAGACUCCGGUUCUGUUUCUGUGGCAAGAUUGGGCUCUGGGAGUGCUAUACACCAAAAUCGCUUGUGCACUCACCUUGAUGGGUCCGGAUUGGGCACUCAAACGAGCCAUCGAGCAAGUCUAUCGCGAUGGUUUUCAUGAUAUUAACCUCAGGUUCAUCAUUCGAGAGUUGGGUGCUCCAGUCAUCACCUGUUUUGGUCUCGCUUUAGCCGUUCCUUACGUAAUCGCACAUUCGAUUCUACCGCUUUUCUUCACCAAUCAAGUAACGAGGAUACUGAUUGCCCGCCAGAUUUACCCUUUCUUCUUGCUGGUUGCGUUCAUCGUUGUGAUCGUAAUCUUGCAAAUCCGUCAGUUUAAGAAACUGUAUGUGGCAAUCAAAAAUGACAAAUAUUUGGUGGGCCAACGGUUGGUCAACUAUGACCAUCAGCGCAAAAAACGUUCGGAAGCUGCGGCAGCAGCAGCAGCAGCAGCAGCGGCUGCAGCCGCAACUCCCGUCGUAGCGGCAGCAGCAGACGUUGAACCUCUACCAGGUAAUGCGCAGGAUUACCAAGCGAAUCAAACGAACGAUGAAACGCUGCAUCCGGAUCCGGCAGCGGCUGCAGCUGCUACCCAAGCAGUACAGUAGAAUAUUGAACGAACGGGGAAACGGAAUAGAUAUCCUACCAGAAUGGAAAAUGGUCAGAAUAGUAGGAUACUGCGUUGGGCGAGUGAAAGAUAUCAACGAGUUUUACAAGAGAAAUCAAUGUAGUGGACGAAAAGAACAAUUGGCUGAAAUAAAGGUACUUUUUUGUUGUAGUUGUUUAUUUUUACAUAUUUGGGAUUCAUGUAUCAUAGUAAGAAUACAAGGAACAUUAAGGAAAAAAUCAAAAAUAUUGUUGUUAUACUAGUGAAAUUAGUGAGUUAAAUCAUUAAAUGAAUUAUUACAAAAACAAAAGCAAAAAAAAGAAGAUCAUAGCUUAAGAUAUUUAUAAUGAACAAAAAGAGAUAAAAUAAAUCAGUUGUACUAUAGUGUAGCCGAAAAACUAACUGGGUGAAACAUGUUAUCAACAUUAUUUUAAUCCAAGUCGAAGAUAUUAGCGUACGUUUCAUUCAUGCAAUUAAUUCUAAUCAAACGGAUCUUUUAUCUCACUACUACAAUGUGUGAAAGAGUAGGUAGUCGUAACAUGUACAGACUUUUCAUUCGAGGCGCCCAAUUGUAAAUUACCUUUACUAGUAAUCUUUUCGAGCAAAAUAAUAAAUGGAUUAUUACACUUUAAUUACACAUUCAUGCAGCCCAAGCAAGCAAACUAAUAAAGAACUGAUCGUAAAACAGCAAA